AUGUCCUCACCUAAGACGCCCGAAGUUGCCGAGUCCACGAUCGUGGUUAUCGGUGCUGGGAUCAUCGGCUUGACCAGCGCCCUCAAGAUCCAACAACUCGUUGCCGAAUCUCCAUCAACUCAAUCAACAUCUGUCCUCCUUGUCGCCAAAGAAUGGCCAACUUCAAUUCCUGGAGCUCCGAUCACUCACUCGGCCGAUUAUGCUUCCAUGUGGGCUGGCGCUCACGUCCGCCCCAUCCCCGCAUCAACGCCCCAGCUCCGCCGUGAAGCCAAGUGGCUGAGGCAUACAGUCGCUGAACUUGAGGAGCAUCUCCAGAGCGAACCUGGAUGCGGUAUCAGACGCCUUCCGGGUAUCGAGUACCUGGAGGACCCACCCGUUGAGUAUGUGCAACAAGAUGCCCAGAGCUUCGCCGAUGAGACUGGUUUGCCAGGUUAUCGAAAGUACGAAGCUCACGAGCUCCCGAAUGGUGCGAAACUUGGAUAUGAGUAUGAGACAUAUUGCAUCAAUGCUCCAUUGUAUAGCGCCAGUUUGCUUCGCAAGUUCAUUGUCCAAGGUGGAAAGACAGUGCAAAGGGAUCUCAAGAGCGAAUGGGAGGCCUUCAUCUUGGCACCCAACGUCAAGCUUGUGGUGAAUGCGAGCGGCAUGGGAUUUGGAGACGAGAAGUGUUUCCCUAUCCGAGGCCAGACGGUUUUAACCAACCUCACCGCCGCGGAGAAAACCAUCACGACGCAAAAGAAGGAUGGAACAUGGAGCUUUAUCAUCCCUCGAUCUUUCAACGGAGGAACAGUCAUCGGCGGGACAAAAGAGAUGGGCAACUGGGAACUCGAAGCUUCUCAAGAGACACGCACUCGUCUAUUGGAAGCCGCACAGUCGAUGAUCCCUCAAGCCUGUGGCCAGAACGAAAGAUCUGGGUCAUUGAAGGUUAUCAAAGAUGUUGUCGGACGAAGGCCAGCUCGUGAGGACGGCAUGAGAGUGGAGACAGAAGCCAAGGAUACCACCUGGGGUGUCAAGCACGUUGUUCACGCCUAUGGAGCUGGCGGACGUGGAUAUGAACUAUCUUGGGGUGUUGCAAGUGAAGUGGCGGACCUUACAAGAAAAGUUCUUUACUUGAAGGACACUAUUCAACCGAAGUUGUAG